GAGGAAUGGCUGCUAACUGAGAACGACAAGCACACUGAUGAAGUUCAAUAUUUGCGCCGGGUGUGAACACAUCCGAGCCAACCACUCUCUUUGGAGACGUUCUCUUGGUAUAUCUCUUACUUUCUCUGCCCGUUUCCCGCUUACCUCCACAAAUACCCAUUCACAUCCUGUACGCACUAGAUCUCUUAAUGUGCGCUCUGCGAAAACUUUUCAAGACGAUGAGUAUAGCUAUGAGAAGAUUUAUCCAAAUAGCUAGAAUCACCAACGUGUCUACUCGUCCCGCCUUGUUGGGCCAAUAUCGACUCUUCAGCAACACCUCCUUUAGAUUCAACGUCCCUCAGGAAACUGUUGCUCCCAAGGAGUCUGAUCCAGAAGGUACUCUCGUGAAAUUGAGAGCUAAUGAAAAAAUUGACCCCGUCAUCUCCGAAACCUUGAACAAUUUGAACUUCAGAGCGUUGACAAAGGUGCAAGAUGAGUCGAUUGGUCCGGCUAUCGAUGAAGAAAACGGGCUUGUGGUCAGAGCCAAGACUGGGACCGGUAAGACAUUGGCCUACCUUAUCCCCAUCUUAAACCAGUUGUAUCCCAGCAGAAGCCAUAGUUUGAAAAACAAGCACCGGGUGUUCCAUUUGAUCAUUGUUCCCACCAGAGACUUGGCUCAGCAAAUCGAAAGAGAGCUUACUUUGUUUUGUAAAGGUCAUCCUGAGUUAAAAAAGAUAUUUUUAACCAGAGUUGACGUAUUGACUGGGAGCGUGAGAUCCCACUUGGAAUCUCUUUUUAAUCCUUCGAUCGUUAUUGCCACUCCAGGAAGAUUGAUCAGAACCUUGGAAGAUAAGAAGAGAUUUGGUAUUCGGUUUAGAGACCUUCAAACCGUCACCUUGGAUGAAGCUGACAGAUUAUUAGAUGCUGGUUUCGGUAAAGAUAUCGACCGAAUUCACGAAUUGUUGACGGAGCUCAACGUUGGGCCCCAACGAGGUGUUGAUGGUCUCACCUUCAAGUACUUGCUUUAUAGUGCCACCAUAGAUAAGAAUGUCAGUGAAUUUGCCAAACAGAAAAUCGGUGAAAACUUCAAGUACAUCGACUGUGUGAAUGAGGAAGACACUGAGGCCCACGAGAAUAUCAGACAAGUGUUGGUGCAAACCAAGAGCUUCAACGACUCUAUACACGCAGCUUUGGCUCACUGUAUCAGAAACAUUGAGGACGAGGCGGACUUCAAAGGAGUGCUUUUCCUUCCCACUGUGAAAGCAGUGGAAUGGGCUUAUGAUACUAUUAAGUCAUCUUGUUCCAGAAUCAAUGGAAGGCAGGUGUACAAAGUCAAUGGACAAAUGACCCAGGCUGCCAGAGACAGAAAUCUCUUGCUCUUUAGAAGAAGUCAAAGAGGUGUCCUUGUUGCUACCGAUGUGGCUGCAAGAGGAUUGGAUUUCCCAGACAUCACCACUGUUCUUCAAGCGUCUGCCAGUUCUGAAAUCGCUUCUUAUAUUCACAAGAUUGGAAGAACCGGUAGGGCUGGUAAGACUGGUGAAGCGUUCCUUUUCUCCCACGAAGCUGAACUGAGGUUUGUGAAGCAGUUGCAAAAGGAAAAGCAAAUCGAGUUCAAUGAGACCAUUACUUACGAAGACUUUCAGAAAGACAGGGAAUUGUUCAAGUACUCGAGUCAUGAUGACGCUAUUGUUGAAGCGGUUCAGAGUUUGUGUUUGUUCUAUAGCCAAGCCAGUAACCAAUAUGGGUUCAGCACUUUCAAGUGUAUGCAGCAGGUAUUGGAGUUCUACCGGGAAAUUACCGAUCUGAACGAAAAACUUAACCUUGAGAGGAAGUACUUGAGUGUGCUUAAUCUUCCAAGACACGAGGCUGAACAGGUGUUUGAGGUUCCCGAUGACUAUCGUCAAAAUGGUAGAAGAGGUGGUUCUGGCAGCAGAUUUAACAAGUUUGACGGACCAAAAACUGGUGGAUAUCAAAGAAACAACGGUAGAAACGAUAGAGGUGGUUACAAGUCUGACUCCAGAGGUGGCUACGGAGGAUCUCGUGAUAGAGAUAACUACAGAAGUAAUAACAGAGACAACUACAGAAGUAAUAGCAGAGAUGGUUACAAGAGCAAUAAUAGAGACGGCUACAAAAGUAACAGAGACGGUUACAAAGGCAACAGAGACGGCUACAAAGGCAAGUCCGGUGGUUCCUCCAGUUAUGAACGGGUCAAAGACUAUGAUUAGUCUUAACAAUUAAUGAUUGAACAAGAAAACAAGCCAUGCAUGUGUUUUGCACCAGCUAUUUGAUUCUUUACGAUUAAUCCUUGUAACUAGCCAAUUUCCUUUUUAUCAUGUAUAUAGUUAAAUAAACUAUUCUUUCAGAACCUGUACUUCAGUUUCUUCUUAUACUUUUUCUUCGUAGACCCGACUUUAAACUGGUAGUUUCGAGGGAUGGGGAUUUCCACUGGUAAGUCUUUGGACAAUAGCAAGAAGCAAACAAGUACCGUCAAAAGGACAAAGUUCACCAAUAAAAGUUUUUUGUAGAACGAAAGGUCGUUUGCAAGGUUGGAUAUUACUUUAUUAGACUCGAAUAACUUGAAUUGAUUAAACUGGUUGAUUUUGAGCAUCUGUUGGUUGAAGGUUUGGUUGAAGUUCCACAAGAGCUUGUCGAGGUCAUGUGACUGCUCCAUCUGGAGCUUUCUGAAUGAAUCUGAUAGGAGUCUGCUUUGCUCUUCGAUGUAGAGAAGCGAUAAACUCGCAUUGGAUUCAAGAAGCGAAAGCCGUUUGAUGAUGUUUUUGAAAAUCGAGUCCUGUGGAUUGUUGGUGGCUGUGGAUUCCUCCUCCACCACUUCACAGUACUCAGGAAUGCUGUUCAAAAAUUCGUUCAAUCCCAAAUAUGGUAAAGUAGAGUUGAUUUUGCACUCAUCGGUUUCAACACUUGGUUGUUCAAUGGUUUGCUCCUUGAACUCCUCCAACAUCGUCUUACCAUAGACUUUGACCAAGGAUAUCGGACAGUAGAACUCGCUACCAUAGUGCUCCAAAAUCUCUAUUUUGAUGAACUUGGCCCAAAUCAACGGAUUGAUGAUCUUGAACUUCUGCAAGGUCCGGGAAUUCGACGCCUCAAAUUCCCCCAACAGCUUCCAAUUGGUAUCCUCAUACCUCUCAUUGACGCUAACUUUGAAGCGCUUGAAGUUGGAGCUGAAAAACUCAAAGUUCCCGAUUUCGAUCAAAUCGAUCAAAAUAUCCUGGCACAACUCGAUGAUGAGAAACUGGUCUUUUGUGGAGCAUUUGUUGACAAGAUAGCUGUCUUUGUUUUCCAUCAAAAUCGACUUGGACUCCUGGGCACCCUCGUUUGUCUUGACGACUUUGGCAGCACAGUCAAUCGAUGCAAAGUUGAAUCUGUUCUCGUCAUUCUUGACCGGCAGGAUCUGAGAAGUGUUCUUGAGGGUGGGGUCACUUUUGAUUUUCAACUUCUUCCAGCUCUCAAACGACAUGAACUCAGUGCCAUUAUCACACAUGGCCACUGUCGCCCACAUGACCACUAGUAGUAGUGUGAUGAUAUGUUUCAUGGUUGGUGGAUUGAGAUUCGCAGCGACCAGUGAGGAACAGUGCGACUCC